GCGGCCCCAUCCAUGCCCCUGGCGCGGCCCUCGGGGGGGCGAAGGUGAGGACCGGCUCCUAGGAUGAGUGAAGGCGCGGCCGCCGCUGCCUCGCCACCGGGAGCCGCUUCGGCAGCCGCCGCCUCGGCCGAGGAGGGCACCGCGGCGGCUGCGGCGGCGGCGGCGGGCGGGGGCCCGGACGGCGGCGGCGGCGGCGGCGAAGGGGCGGCCGAGCCCCCCCGGGAGCUACGCUGCAGCGACUGCUUCGUGUGGAACCGGCAGCAGACGUGGCUGUGCGCGGUGCCCCUGCUCAUCGGCUUCGUCGGCCUCGGGCUCAGCCUGAUGCUCCUCAAAUGGAUCGUGGUGGGCUCCGUCAAGGAGUACGUGCCCACCGACCUGGUGGGCUCCAAGGGCAUGGGCCAGGACCCCUUCUUCCUCUCCAAGCCCAGCUCCUUCCCCAAGGCCAUGGAGACCACCACCGCGACCACCACCUCCGCCGCGCCCCCCGCCACCCCCGCCUCCGCCGGCGGCGCCGCCUCCUCCAGGACGCCCAACCGGAGCAGCACCCGCCUGACCACCGUCACGCGGGCGCCCACCCGCUUCCCCGGGCACCCCCGGGUGCCCAUCCGUGCCAGCCCGCGCUCCACCACGGCGCGGGGCUCGGCGGCCCCCUCGACGGUCCCGGCCGCCACGGCCCCUUUCUUCAGUAGCAGCGCGCCCGGCUCCCGGCCCCAGGGCCCAGGGGCCCCGGGCACCCAGGCCGUGCCCUCCUGGCCCACUGCGGCAUUCGCUACCUCCUCCUACCUUCACGACUCCACUCCCGCCUGGACCCUGUCUCCCUUCCAGGAUGCUGUGGCCGCCUCCUCCUCCUCCUCCCCCACCGCCACCACCACCGCCGCGUCUUCCUCCUCCUCCACCACCACCACCACCGCCGCGCCGGAGACCAGCACCAGCCCCCCCAAAUUUCGUAAGUAGACCCUGUGCUUGAACUCUGAUCCACG